AAGCACUAAUUAUACUCCGUAUUUAUAAGAUUGUGGAUUAUUACUCGUUCAACAAAUUCCAAGUCGUUGAAAAUUGAAAAGGUCUUUUUUUUUUUCUCAUCUUUGAUCUGUUUGUUUCUUGCGCCAUUUUUGCUUCUCUGUUCUUCUUCAUUUCGUCAGAAUUAACAUGUGUACAAGCCGAACAUAGCCGCGUAUUUGUAAAAAGUUCCUUAAAAUCCAGUCAAUCAUGGUUCCAUACACUGAUUUAGACCAAGAAAUAGCUGAAGAUGUCCAUCACAGUUCAUCAGAAGCCAAAUAUAAAAUCCCACUUCGGCCAACAAAACACUCACCCAUGACUGUAUCUACAUCAACAACUGAGGUCCAAAAUGAGGAACUUGUUGCAGGAAUCGAAACCCAUGUCAGGAAACUAGUAGCGAAUCUAGAAAGUAACUCACUUGAAACAGUAAGAGAAUCCACCUCUGAACUCCGGCUUUUAGCUAAAGACUUCAAUAACCUAAUCUUAGUAACGAGUUGUGGUGCGAUUACCCCUUUGAUCAACCUACUUUACAGUUCAGACCUUAUAACUCAAGAAAACGCGGUAACAGCAGUUCUGAACUUGUCUAUCAGUAACAACAACAAGGUUAGCAUUGUUGAAUCCGAGGCAAUUGAGCCUUUAGUCCAUGUACUUCAGACGGGUACCCAUGAGGCCCGAGAAAAUGCAGCUGCAACUCUGUAUAGCUUAUCUGUAUUUGAAGAGAACAAGAUUAAGAUAGGGAAUUCAGGAGCUAUUGGUGCCUUGGUUGAGUUGUUAGGGAAUGGUACUCUUCGUGGUAAGAAGGAUGCAGCCACUGCUUUGUUCUACUUGUCUACUUGUAUUGAUAAUCGGCUCACGAUAAUCAGAUCAGGUGCUGUAAAACAUCUGGUAGACCUGAUGGAUCCUGCGGCCGGGAUGGUGGACAGGGCGGUGGUUGUGUUAGCGAAUCUUGCGUCGGUUCCUGAAGGAAGGAAGGUGAUAGCUGCAGCAGGAGGAAUAUCUCUUCUUGUUGAGGCGAUUGAGUUGGGUUCGCCGAGGGGUAAAGAGAAUGCUGCUGCUGCACUUGUUCAUUUUUGUGCAGAGAGUAACAGAUACUGCAGAAGGGUGUUGGAAGAAGGAGGUGUGCCACCUUUGGUAAUUUUGUCCAAUUCCGGGACCCCGAGAGCCAAACUAAAAGCUAAUAGAGUUCUUCAGCAUUUGAGAAACCUACAAGCAGCUUAUAAUGCUAGGAAACGCUAAUUGUGUACCUGAACUUUUUUGCAGUGCCAUCUACUAUGGUAGAGGGGGAGGAAAGUUUUACCUAGAGAGUUUAAUAGUACUCUCUAAACAGAUGCGAAAAUGCCUAGAAAUAGGCCCAAAACAGAAAACCUUAGUCCAGAAUAACAUAUACAGUAAAGUUCGAGGACAUUGCGUCCCCAACCCCCUAAACCUGGACCCCGACUCGCUGGGGCGUUGCAGUAAGGGACUACCGAUUCAAGGCAUUUUUCUAACAAUUUUGAACCAUAUAAACAGGGGGAAACCAUGGCCCCUGAGUACAGAGUCUAUACAUUAUUGUGCAAAUACAUAUAUUGAUGUCCUUGUGAGUUGUGACAGCAAAACAUUUAUUUAGGAGUUUUAGCUAAAACUUGGUGUACACAUGCAAUUAGUCUCAAAGGCAUACUAGGCUAUGUCCUUUUAUAAUUGAAAUGAUACAAUUAUUUUCCGGAUCAUUCGUUAUAAUCUCAUAUAUUUAAGGGCAUUUGGGGUUGCCCUUAGAAUUCCUCAUGUCUCUGUAACAAGGACAUUCAUGUUUGUUGCCAUAAGUACCAGAUGGAACACAAUUGCACUUCUCACAGCAAAUUUGGCAAAAUCUCAUACAGCGGUCAUGUCCUGAUUUACUGCAUCUCACCCCACACUUGGAUCCACAAUCCGCACCUGCAUAUAUUCCAGAAUCAUCAAAUUUUUUUCAGCUUUCAGAUUUUAGUUUUAAUACUUUCUCCGUUUUGGAAAUAUCGCACCAUUUUUUUUUACACUAUUCAUACUACGACUUUGGCCAUUUUU